AUGGGUCAUCAGCAGCUCUACUGGAGUCACCCGCGAAAAUUCGGCCAGGGCUCCCGCUCCUGCCGCGUGUGCUCAAACCGCCACGGACUGAUCCGGAAAUAUGGACUGAAUAUGUGCCGCCAGUGUUUCCGGCAGUACGCCAAGGAUAUCGGCUUCAUCAAGGUGGGGGCGCCAUGCUCUCGGUCCUGGGGUCGGGAAAGGGCUGUUUCUUAG